GCAAAAUUAUUGGGACCGGACGAGGAUAACUCAAAAUGGCGCUUCCGUCUGAGGGGUGGUUAAGUUUACGUUGGUUUUUGCAAGGUGCAGGCAUCGUAAUCGUGCCAUUAUUGCACAAAUUAGUUAGAGUAUCGGAUCCAGCAGUGGCAGAUGUACUAUAUAACUAUUUGUUCGUGAUUUGCGGAGCGUACGUAACUGUAAAUUUUGCAGUUUUGUAUGUGCUCCAUCGGCGGAAGUACUACAGACAGAUUGCCACUCAGGCCUGCUUCAUUGGGAUAGUCUUUGGGAUCGGCCUGUCCAUCUCGUUUCUUCAUCAAGCAGUCGCAGUCUUUGGCUGGUACCUGUGCGUCCUCGGCUUUUUCCACUUCUCUGAGUACUUUUCCACAUCGAUCUACAACUACGAGAGUCUGUCGGUGGACUCUUUCCUCCUCAAUCACAGCGUGGCUUACGCGCUUGCUGCUGCCUGCAGCUGGUGCGAGUUCUUUGUGGAGCUGUAUUUUUUCCCAGACUUCAAGCAGUUUUGGUACGUCAGCUUGCUAGGUCUCUUGCUUUGCAUGGGGGGCGAGGUCCUGAGGAAGGUCUCCAUGCUGACUGCGGGCAGGAGCUUCAACCACUACAUCCAGACCACCCGGGCCAGAGAUCACAUCCUGGUCACCCACGGCGUGUACGGCUGGUCUAGGCAUCCCUCCUACGUGGGCUGGUUCUACUGGAGUUUAGGAACGCAGAUCAUUUUGUGCAACCCUUUCUGCUUCAUCGCGUACACAGUAACAUCCUGGAGGUUCUUCAACGAGCGGGUGGUGGACGAGGAGAUCACGCUGCUGAAUUUCUUCGGCGAGGAGUACUUGAACUACCAGCAGCGCGUUGGCACCAAGCUGCCGUUCAUCACAGGGUACAAGAUGGAGCUAUGACCCUCAGCCCCUUCACGUCCAGGUGCAGAGGACGACAAAAAAGACCUUUGACAUCGGGGCUUGUAACGGAUGUGGGACUUUUGACAAAAGGAGCAGCAAACAGUGGUUCGAUUCCCACUCGAGUUGCCAUUCAUCAAAGGCUA